AUGUUCGCACGCGUUCAGCACGGCAACGCUCAAGGUGGUGGAGGCGGCGGCAGGGUAUGCUCUUUUUACCAACAAGGUCGAUGCAAGUUCGGAGACAAUUGUAAAUUCGAGCAUCCUGGUGCCAACAGAUCUCAGGACAGUGGAAAUCGUUUUCAAGCUCUCGGCAAUCAAGGCAACAACACUUUUGGUCAGGGAAAUCGGAAUAAUCAACGACCCGCUGCUCCUGGUCGAGGGCAGCACUACACUAGCCAGAACUCUUAUGGCGUAACGAAAGAUGGCAUCGAAAGCGAUCUUCGAACCGAGAAACCGCAAUGGCCAUUCUCUGCGUACGGUCCGGGUAGAGAUGCCCCUAUACAACUGUUCGGAGGAUUCCCGCUAGAGCAGAGUCCGGAGGAGAUGAGAGUUCUCUACUAUCAAGCUGCCGCAAGCGGCAAUCCUCAACCUGCUAUUCAAGCCGAACAAGAACUUAUCGCACAGACGACUCAACAAGUAGAACGUAUAUUGGCAGACCUGGAUGGGGCAGUCAAGUACGUCUUGGACGGCGAGAACCAACAUCCAAACCGCGCAGAUGGGUGUCACACUGAAGCUGGAAAUGUUUUCCACAGAGGUCGGAAACUGAAUUCGAAGUUUUCACCUAACGCUACGGCGCAACCGCUCAGUCAGCCCGCUCAACCCGGUGCAUUCGGCCAACCAUCAGCUUUUGGCCAGCCUUCGAAUCUUGGAGGCGGAGGAGGCUUCGGUCAGGCAUCUAGCCUGGGUCAAAGACCAAGUCCGUUUGGACAACCGGCGAGCUCAGCCCCGACUACUGGAGCGUUCGGCUCUCCCUCAGCUCUUGGUCAGAGGUCUACCUUUGGACAGCCCGCAGCAGGAGGGUUUGGUCAACCAUCGGCUCUGGGCGCUAAACCAAAUCCUUUUGGACAAUCAACAGCACCGACAAGUACAUUUGGCCAGCCAGCAGCACCCACAGGGGCGUUUGGCCAGCCAUCCACCCUUGGUCAGGGAAGCGCGUUUGGCCAGCCUGCUGGUGGUCAAGCACAGCCAUCGCCUUUCGCGCAAAGUGCACAGCAAGGGCGUCCAGCGUUUGGUCAAGCCUCAGCGUUUGGCCAACCGUCAGCUCUCGGUCAGCAACAAAACACCGCUUUUGGGCAGCCUUCUGGCUUGGGUCAACAACCGCAGCCAGCUUUUGGCCAGCCCUCAGCACCCGCUCAACAGAAUCCAGCUUUCGGGCAACCCUCGGCACCGAGUCAAACUCCAGCUUUCGGACAACCAUCGGCACCGGGUCAGAACACAGCAUUCGGUCAGCCAUCAGCGCCAGGUCAGCAGGCGUCAGCCUUUGGACAACCAUCAGCACCAGGUCAGCAGGCAUCAGCGUUCGGCCAGACAUCAGCGCCCGCCUUCGGGCAAGCAUCAGCACCUGCGCAGCCAAAUGGGGCAUUUGGGCAACCUCCAACUCCAACACAGCAACAAAACGCUUUUGGCAAACCUUCGCCAUUCGCCCAAGCACAAGGGAACCAACAACAGCAGCAGUCACCAUUCACUCAAGCCGCUGCUAAAGCAAAUCCGUUUGGGCAGCCUUCUCAACCCGCUACCCACCCGACAGGCAGUGCUUUUGGAUCGGCGGUGCCACAGCAGCCGCCACAGCAACAACAACAGCAGCAGCAGCAGUCACAGUCAUAUGCAGAGCCUGUACCCCAAGGUGAUUGGAUCACUCGUCAACCUAACGGGACGUUAAAGAGCUUCAAGGGUGCACCUGUGCAGUACGUUGCCACGAAGGAUGGUCAAGAGCCGCACUACAAGAAGGCCAAUGGAAAGAUGGAAAGGAUCUGGCACCCCGAGGGCAAUGCGGCCCACAGGGCAGAAAUAGAAGCACCGGCAGAAGCCUACACUGCCGAGCAUGAAGCAGCAUACAAGUUUGUGGCAGAACAGGGUGUGUUCAAGGACGGAGUCAUGCCAGAGCUACCGCCCAAGUGCGAAUGGAUCCGGUGGGAUAUAUAA